AUGCAAAGCAGAGGAUUCUCAAAGGAAGGAGUUCUUGAUGGCAAUGAUGUUGUGCAUCCAGUUCUGAUCAUUGGCGCUGGACCUGUGGGUCUUGUUCUCUCUAUUCUUCUCACAAAAUUAGGUAUUAAUUGCACAGUUUUGGAGAGAAACAAGGCAUUUUCAAAACAUCCACAAGCACACUUCAUCAACAAUCGAUCCAUGGAGAUAUUUCGCAAAAUUGAUGGCCUUGUUGAAGAGAUCCAAAGGUCUCAACCACCAGUAGAUUUAUGGAGGAAAUUUAUAUAUUGUACUUCCCUCUCUGGUUCAAUUCUUGGAUCUGUGGAUCACAUACAACCUCAAGAUCUUGAGCAUGUUGUCAGCCCAGUCUCUGUUGCGCACUUCUCACAGUACAAGCUAACUAUGUUACUACUCAAGCGACUUGAAAAUCUAGGCUUUCAAAUAUGUGCACCUGAAAGCUUGGAAGGAAAUGAACAGUCUUGUGAACAGAAAAUAAUGAUGGGCCAUGAAUGUGUAUCCAUCGAUGCCAGUGAUGACUUUGUAACAGUAACUGCAUCUUCUCUCAUUAAAGGGAAGCGUGUAGAACAGAAUAUUCACUGUAGCAUCCUUAUUGGUACGGAUGGUGCAGGUAGUACUGUAAGAAAGCUUGUAGGAAUAGAGAUGAGAGGUGAGAAGGACUUGCAAAAACUUGUCAGUGUCCAUUUCUUUAGCAGAGACCUUGGCCAGUUUUUGCUUAAGGAGAAUCCUGGUAUGCUUUUUUUUAUCUUCAACACUGAAGCUAUUGGGGUCCUUGUUGCUCAUGAUCUCAGGCAAGGGGAAUUUGUAUUGCAGAUACCCUUUUAUCCACCUCAGCAAACAAUUGAGGAUUUCAGUCCAAAGGCAUGUGAGAAAUUGAUCAGCAAACUUGUUGGUAGAGAGUUUGGAGAUGUAGAUGUAAUUGAUAUAAAGCCAUGGAUUAUGCAUGCUGAAGUUGCUGAGAGGUUUAUGUGUAGUGGCAACAGAAUAUUACUUGCUGGUGAUGCUGCUCAUCGAUUUCCUCCUGCUGGUGGAUUUGGAAUGAACACCGGCAUUCAGGAUUCCCAUAAUCUUGCCUGGAAAAUUGCUUAUGUAAUUAAGGGUAUUGCGCCAAUUUCAAUGCUAAAUACCUAUGAAACUGAACGUAAACCGAUUGCUUUAUUUAAUACAAGAUUAAGUCUAGAAAACUAUAAAGCUGCCAUGUCUGUUCCUGCUGCUCUUGGUCUUGAUCCAACUGUUGCAAACACAGUACAUCAAUUUAUAGUUAAUGGUAUUGGUUCCAUCUUACCAUCCGGAUUGCAGAAGGUAGCUUUGGAUGGAAUUUUUGGACUUGGUCGUGCCCAGCUCUCAGAACUUGUCCUAAAUGAAAGUAACCCUCUUGGAUCGUCAAGAUUGGCUAAGUUAAAAUAUAUAUUUGAAGAAGGAAAAAGCCUUCACCUUCAGUUUCCUGCUGAAGAUCUUGGUUUUAGGUAUCACUGA